UUGAACAUACACCAACUGAUAUCAUCUUUUCUGAUCACAAGUCCAUGAACCACCACCGGUAGAAGGCUUUUUAUAUCGACUGACAACGUUCUCUGGAAAACCGAUUCCAGCUGGCAGCUUCUCUCGCCGUCGCUAUUAUUUUGCAUCGUUCGAUCAGUAUCUUUUCUGCACAUCUGGAAUUCACAAUCUAAAGCCACCCGAUGAACGAUGCUAUGAGAAACCAUUGACAGACAGUACCCAUAUUGCUAUGUUAUCUCCAUUUACGGCUAAAGCGAUGGAUAGUAGUAUUGCUAAUGGCACGACGACAGCGACGGCCACAUCGGAUCACGAGAUCGAAAGAAGAAUGCAUCUUGUCACUGAAGCGUCACGCGUGAUUGAUUUGACAGAAAUAUCACAUGUGCAACGAUCGUUUGCCAGCAGUGAUGACGAUGACGAUGACGACCAUGAUGACGAUGAAAAUUAUCACUUGGGUCGGAAUAGCAUUUUUUUUGACGUGGACAGUACCAAUUCUUUAACAACGUCCUUACUUCGGCAACAGCAUCAACAGAAUGGAGAUAGUGACAACGUUACACCUGUCAGAAGAUCAGGUACUCGCCCACAAAACCCGGUUCUUGAAAUUAUCAUGCAAAAUGGUAUCGUGAUCAAGAUGAAGGCUGACUCGUGUGAAGCAUGUGAUGCGUGGGUCCACCAUCUGGCAAACUUGAUUGUUUACUGGCGAGCAUACAAGGAAGCCAGACUAAACGUAAAUGCACAACAUGAUUUUGGCGAUGUGUUUGAAGAAGAGUUCAGAUAUGGGAUAACGCACAAGGAGAAAGGAAGCGAGUUCAACAAGUUGCCUCAAGUGGAUACGCGAAUUUGGAGCAUUUGCUGUUUCGAACAGUGUCGAGACAUAGUGAAAACCGGUGUCAUGUAUUUCCAGCCAAGGUCACGAGGCACAUUCUCUCAGAAAAUUUUUGUUUUGACAGCCAAUGGCUGGUUGAUCUACUACAACAUUUAUGAUCGAGCUGCCGUGACAUGCCAGCCAUUACUUGCAGCCGUGCACGACCGAAAAGAUGCGGUGGAUAUUAGCAGCUGCUACGUCUACUCGUCACUUUCACCAAGACGACCAGCAAGGAUUUUCCCGGACGGCAUCGCAGCUGCCGACGUGAAAGACGAUAGUUUGUUUUCUCUUUGGAAACCACAGACGCGACGGGUAUUUAGUCCAAGUCGACAGCGGAUAACCGUAUAUAAACACAAUCGCAAGUUUUUCCAAGAAGAGGGCGAGACAUGGCAAUUUUUGGCAAAGAAUCGGCAUGAAAAGGAAGAAUGGGUGUGGGCCUUUAAUGUGGUGAUUGAGCGAUUACUCCGUGGAAAAUGAAAAAAUUACUUUAUCUUUUUGUUGUCGUACGAAAAAUACAUUGUGUAACAAUACAACUUUCAAUAAAUUUAUAGUCUGCUGUGUACCAACAACUCUAAAGUGACUAAUUGUUGUUUCUUUCUGAUUCUUACUACGAAGGAAAAAGAAGGUCCCAAUGUUCUACAUUGCAGUAGCAGUAGUACAGAACCAGACUUUGAGCUCGGACUCUCUAGUUUUAUACCUA